CGCUUUUAUUUUACUGCCGAGGAAACUGAGGCCCGGGAGCGGAAACAGACUGUUCAGUCACGCGGCUGUGUGAGGCCGGGGUGCGGAAGCUGCGCUGAUGGGGGACCGCUCAGAGCGUCCCUCGGAUGCCUCAGCAGGGUCCCCACGAAAUCUAGGGCACGCGUGGAGGGGAGGGAGGUAGCCGGUGUCAAACGCCGGGAUGAGGGCGGGCUUUUGGAGAAGGCUGCUCACGUGGACGGACCGAACUGGAACUGGGACUUGGCUAGCGCGCUCGGGGUAGCCGCGGCCUGUGCCCCAGAGGAGGGCGCUGGGGAGCCGGCGCCCAGCAAACCCGGGCCCACGCGGGGAGGCAGAGCGCGCCGAUGACGUCACGGUUGCCAUGGCUCCGGGCAGUGACGCGAAUCGGCACGUGACGAGCGGUUGCCAUGGCGCCGGGCGCCGGGCGGCGCGGGAGCUCCGCCCGCCCGGUGACGUAUUCCCCGCUUCCCCCUCCUUUCCCGCCCCCCUGCCCCCCUCCCGGCUCCCCGCGGUCCCGGAGGUUUCUCUGCACAACAAGAUGGCGGCGGCGGCGGCAAGCGGAGCUGGCGGGGCUGCUGGGGCCGGGGCCGGGGGAGUCGGUCCGGCCGCUCGUCUGCUGCCCCCGCCAGCUGCCGGGCCCCCGGCUGCGCCCGCCCCGGUGCCCUCUGCCGGCACCCCGCGCCCCCCAGCCCCGGCCCCCCGCGGGCCGAUGCCAGCCCGCAUCGGCUACUACGAGAUCGACCGCACCAUCGGCAAGGGCAACUUCGCCGUGGUCAAGCGGGCCACGCACCUCGUCACCAAGGCCAAGGUUGCUAUAAAGAUCAUAGAUAAAACCCAGCUGGAUGAAGAAAACCUCAAGAAGAUUUUCCGAGAAGUUCAGAUUAUGAAGAUGCUCUGUCACCCACAUAUCAUCAGGCUCUACCAGGUUAUGGAAACAGAGCGGAUGAUUUAUUUGGUGACAGAAUAUGCUAGUGGAGGAGAAAUAUUUGAUCACUUGGUUGCCCAUGGUCGGAUGGCAGAGAAAGAAGCUCGUCGGAAGUUCAAGCAGAUUGUGGCUGCCGUCCAUUUCUGCCACUGCCGGAAUAUUGUUCACAGGGAUUUGAAAGCAGAAAACCUGCUUCUGGAUGCCAAUCUGAACAUCAAGAUAGCAGAUUUUGGGUUCAGUAACAUCUUUACCCCAGGGCAAUUACUCAAGACCUGGUGUGGGAGUCCCCCAUAUGCUGCUCCUGAGCUCUUUGAAGGAAAGGAAUACGAUGGGCCCAAAGUGGAUAUUUGGAGCCUUGGAGUGGUCCUCUAUGUGCUUGUGUGUGGUGCCCUGCCAUUUGAUGGGAGCACCCUGCAGAAUCUUCGGGCCCGGGUGCUGAGUGGAAAGUUCCGAAUUCCAUUUUUCAUGUCCACAGAAUGUGAGCACUUGAUCCGACACAUGCUGGUAUUGGAUCCAAGUAAGCGCCUUUCAAUGGAGCAGAUCUGCAAACAUAAAUGGAUGAAGUUGGGUGAAGCUGAUCCCAACUUUGAAAGGUUAAUAACUGAAUGCCAGCAUCUGAAGGUAGAAAGACAAAUGGAGCCUCUGAAUGAAGAUGUUUUGUUGGCCAUGGUGGAAAUGGGACUGGACAAGGAGCGAACACUACAGUCAUUAAGGACAGAUGCCUAUGAUCACUACAGUGCAAUCUAUAGCCUACUAUGUGAUCGGCUUAAGAGACAUAAGAACCUGCGUAUUGGAGGACCUCCCAGUGUACCUCGGACCAUGACCUUCCCCGCACCAGCCACUAUCCAGACGGAGCAAGCAGGUACCGCUGUAAGCAUCAAUGUUCCCCAGGUGCAGCUUAUCAAUCCGGAAAAUCAAAUUGUGGAGACGGAUGGGACAAUGAAUUUGGACAGUGAUGAAGGUGAGGAGCCUUCUCCUGAAGCCCUGGUCCGAUACCUUUCAAUGAGGAGGCACACAGUGGGUGUGGCUGACCCUCGCACGGAAGUCACAGAAGAUCUUCAGAAGCUUCUUCCAGGCUUUCCUCGAGUCAGCCCCCAGGCUCCAUUCCCCCAGGUGGCUCAUAACAUGAAUUUUGUGCAUAAUCUACUCCCUAUGCAAAAUCUGCAACCAACCGGGCAGUUAGAGUACAAGGAGCAGUCACUGCUGCAGCCUCCCACUCUACAACUGCUAAAUGGAAUGGGCCCCCUUGGCCGGCGAGCAUCAGAUGGAGGAGCCAACAUCCAGCUGCAUGCCCAACAACUCUUAAAGCGUCCAAGGGGCCCCUCCCCUCUUGUCACCAUGACACCAGCAGUGCCAGCCGUUACCCCUGUGGACGAGGAAAGUUCCGAUGGGGAGCCAGAUCAGGAAGCUGUACAGAGAUACUUGGCAAAUAGGUCCAAAAGGCAUACACUGGCCAUGACCAACCCAACAGCUGAGAUCCCUUCGGACCUGCAGCGGCAGCUAGGACAGCAGCCUUUCCGUGCCCGGGUCUGGCCGCCUCACCUGGUACCUGAUCAGCAUCGCUCUGUCUACAAGGACUCCAACACCUUACACCUUCCCACAGAACGUUUUUCCCCUGUGCGCCGGUUUUCUGAUGGGGCUGCAAGCAUCCAGGCUUUCAAAGCUCACCUGGAGAAAAUGGGCAACCACAGCAGCAUCAAACAGCUGCAACAGGAGUGUGAGCAGCUGCAGAAGAUGUAUGGGGGACAGAUUGAUGAGAGAACACUUGAGAAGACCCAGCAGCAACAUAUGUUAUACCAGCAGGAGCAACAUCAUCAGAUUCUCCAGCAGCAGAUUCAGGAUUGUAUCCGUCCUCCUCAACCCUCUCCACCUCUUCAGGCUACAUGUGAAAACCAGCCAGCCCUUCUUACCCACCAGCUCCAGAGGUUACGGAUCCAGCCUUCUAGCCCUCCCCCCAGCCACCCCACCAACCAUCUCUUCAGGCAGCCCAGUAAUAGCCCUCCCCCUGUCAGCAGCACCAUCCUCCAGCCUCAUGGUGCUGCCUCUUCUUCCCAGUUUCAAGGCUUGCCAUCCCGAAGUACAGUCUUCCAGCAGCCUGGGAACUGUUCUCCUCCCCCCAAUGUGACACUGACCUGCAUGGGCCUACAGCAACCUGCCCAGUCUCAGCAGGUGACCAUCCAGGUACAAGAGCCAUCCGACAUGCUCAGCAACAUGCCAGGGUCAUCAGCAGCUGGGCGGGGCAUGUCCCUCAACUCCUGUGCCAGUCAGAUUCAGAUGCAGCACCGUGCCAAUCUGAUGGCCUCCCUCACGUAUGGGCAUCGCCCAUUGUCCAAGCAACUGAGUGCCGAUAGCGCAGAGGCCCACAGCUUGAACAUGAAUCGGUUUUCCCCUGCUAAUUAUGACCAGGCCCAUUUACACCCCCAACUGUUCUCGGACCAGUCCCGGGCCUCUCCCACCAGCUACAGCCCAUCCACCGGAGUGGGCUUUCCUCCAACCCAAGCCCUGAAAGUCCCCGCACUCGACCAGUUCCCUACUUUCCCUUCCAGCGCACAUCAGCAGCAACAGCACUACACCACGUCGGCACUCCAGCAGGCUCUGCUGUCCCCCACGCCGCCCGACUAUCCAAGACACCAGCAGGUCCCCCACAUCCUCCAAGGACUGCUCUCCCCCCGGCACUCGCUCACAGGCCACUCGGACGUUCGGCUGCCUCCGGCAGAGUUUACACAGCUCAUCAAAAGGCAGCAACAGCGACAGCAGCAGCAGGAGUUACAAGAAUUAUUCAGGCAUAUGAACCAAGGGGAUGCUGGGAGCCUGGCUUCCGGUCUAGGGGGGCAGAGUCUUUCAGAGUGCCAGGCUUUGUCUUUGCCUUAUCAGAACACUGACUCAUAUCACCACCAUCACCACCACCACCACCACCACCAUACCAGCCCCCAGCAUCUCUUACAAAUCAGGGCACAAGAAUGUAUCUCCCAGGUUCCCUCGGCCGCCCCGGCUCAUGGCUACGCACACCAGCCGGCGCUGAUCCACUCAGAGAGCAUGGAGGAGGACUGCUCGUGUGAGGGGGCCAGGGAGUGCUUUCCAGACAGUAAGAGUUCAAACACUUUGACCAAAGGUUGCCAUGAGAGUCCCCUGCUAUUGAAUACAGGAGGGCCUGGAGACCCAGAAUCUUUGCUAGGAACUGUAAGCCAUGCACAGGAAAUGGGGGUGCAUCCGUAUCGACAUCAGCCAGUGACUGGAUUCAGUAGAAAUAAAGUGCCCAGCAGAGAAUCUGUCAUAGGGAACUGUAUGGACAGAAGUUCUGCUGGACAAGCUAUGGAGCUGCCUGAUCAUAAUGGGUUGGGUUACUCAUCACGCUCUCCUGUCAGUGAGCAUCACAGGCCCCGGACCCUGCAGAGACAUCACACUAUUCAGAACAGCGAUGAUGCUUAUGUGCAGCUGGACAACUUGCCUGGGAUGAGUCUCAUGGCUGGAAAAGCACUUAGCUCUGCUCGGAUGUCUGAUGCCGUCCUCAGUCAGUCUUCCCUCAUGGGGAGUCAGCAACUCCAGGACAGGGAAAGUGAGGGCUGUAGAGAGAGUUUGGAAGGUCAAGAGCCCUCAGAGCUGAGCGACGGCAGCCAGCACUUACACAACUCUUGUUAUCCAUCUACAUGUAUUACAGACAUUCUACUGAGCUACAAGCAUCCAGAGGUCUCCUUCAGCAUGGAGCAGGCUGGGGUGUAACCAGAAGCGAGAUGUUUUGUGUACAGCUUGGGAAUAAAAAAAGUUCAUUUUAAACCCACAGUAUCUAGCAGCAUCGCGCCAAAUCGCCAUUGUAUUUUUGCCCAGCUGGAAUAUCACAGCUCCUUUCCUCCUAUCCAGUCCAUCAGUGUGCUGUUCCUUGGGGUUCAGAGGGUGUUCUACCAUGUUUGCCUGUAUGACCGAGUCGCCGAGGAAAUAAAUGGGAAAUGAGAGUUCUCCGCUUUUGGCAAAAAGUGCAUUUGGUUUUGUGUUUUCUUUGGAGGCUCUAGAUAGGAGAGAUGAUUGGGGUGUGGAUGGACGCCUAGGGUCUCUGAGCCACCACCCAAAGCAGUCCUCCAAGAAGCCCCCUCAUCCUUGCCAGCAUCGUUGGAUGCCAGGAACAAAUAUGGAGGGCAGCUGCCUCUACAGUCUACACAUCAGGGAAUGGAUGGAAAGGGGGAAUGGGGUGGAAUCUAGCAUUGGCAAGCAAUAAAUAAAGUUUAAGAGACCCUCAGUCAGGACCCUAUGAGUUUUCCCUGCUGAGAUCUGCUGAAAAGAUUUGCCCAGUCUGGCAAGGCUAUUAACAGAAAGCCAAAGUCCUACCCAAAUCUUAGUAUUGAGGCUGGGAGUAGCCUGAAGCAAGAUAAGUCUCACUUCCCCUUCUUCAGGGGGGCAUGUUUGUGGCACACAGAACCCCUCUUGUCACCUCCAGAGCUGGUUGCCUUGGUAAACCAUCCCUUCUAUCCACAGACAGAACACCCAAGAGUGGUGCAAUCUGCUUUUUGUGGCAUCUUUUUUUUUAAUUGCGCUAAAAGGAUUGUUUUCCCAUAUAUAUAAUGUAUGUGUGUAUAUAUAUAUAUCUGUGUGUGUAUAUAUACAUAUACAUAUGCGUAUAUAUGUAUAUACAUAUAUAUUUACCUUUUCCUUUCAAACUUUGCCCUCCCUCCAGCCUCCUUGCCACAGCAAGAACAGGAGGUUCUUUUGGAUCCUUCCUUACUCCCUACCUCCCAUCAUCCUCAGCCCCCUUUUUCUUCUUGAUCAUGUAGGAAUUGUUUUUGGUAAAUGUUGUUAUUGUUAUUAUUAUUAUUAUUGUUAUUAUUAUUAAUAAAGACAAAAGGAAUUUCUGUUUAAAAGAGAAAUGUUUAACUAGAUUCUGUUCUAUUUGAAUUGUGACUUGCACCUUUGUUCAAAAGUAUUUUAUUUCCUUUUAAUGACACUGUAAUUGUGAGCACUUCUUACUGGUGCGGGUGACACAUGUUGUGGUCUCCUUCCCCCUUGCGGAUGCAGUACAUACACCAUGACUCUCAUCUGUCCUUCUCCUCUUGUGUGUGCUUUACUAUUAGAAACCAAAGCCUUCUCCACUGGCGGGGGCUGGGAGAAUAUGUGGACUUGUCUCCUUUUGAACAUUAGUUGUUGGGUUUUUUGUUGGGGUUUUUUUUUGGGGGGGGGUGUUUUUUUUAAUGGGACUUGACUCUAGAUCCUUUUAUUUUUUCCACAAAAACAUCCCUAAUCUCCUAAGAAUUUUUCUCGAAUUUGCACAGAAGGAAAUGUGAGACCAGCAUGGCCGCUGCAUGCUGCCGACAGGUUACCUCUCCUCACCCCCACCUCAGAGCGCAAACCUCGGCCCCUGCCCACACACCUUUAGCCAGCACUGAAUCAGUCUUCAGUCGGAAAACGAACGUUGGACACGCUGGAGCCUGAGCAAGAUCUCCCACUGAUGAAUUCCUCCAGCAUGGGGAGCUGCUUUGGGUCUCUCCCACAUCCCAUGUCUUUGACCUGUCCGGUAGUGAGCUCCCAGUCUCUAUUCUAAUUGUGACUUCUUUGCCUGCCCAGCAGGAGGGUACCAAGAAAACACUGAAAGCGUGUUUAACUUUUCCAUAUCUGUUUCUGUCUCUUGAAUUCCCUCUCUUCCUUACUCCCCUUUCCCCAACCCCCACUCUGUUUUGUUUACAUGAUACUGUAUUUCUGGGAAAGCAAACUGCUCCCCUCUAGCAAAUCCAGAUAAAAGCCAGUGAGUUUAUUAAUCGUGCCAUCUCUUAUACCACACUUUUUUUUUUAAUCAUUGCUUUGUAUUGUAGUAACCAAUACGCGCAGUAUAUGUUGAAUGUAUAUUAAUAUACUUUGCUAUUUACUUCUGUUAUUUGGAAAUGUCACAAGUAUUUUUUUCUUCCUCAUUUAUGUUGGACUGAAAAAGGGAAAAAAAAAAGAUUUUAACAAAACCCACCACCAGACCCAAGUUGCAGUCAGAAGACCUUUAGUCCGCUAAUUUUUUUUUUUUUUUGUGGGGCACUUAACAACUAAUAAUCUAGUUGAACAGUGUGGGGAUCAUGAUAAAUAAAAACCUGAUUAUGAUCUUA